CUGACGACUAUUUUUAUCUCGGAGAAGACAACACUUUAAAGUUAAAAGUUAAUUUUUCAAAGGAAUUUUAGUGAAAAAGCACGAUUAAGAACUUAUCAUUCAGUGAAUUAAACUUUAUAUUUUGAUUUUCCCCUGCCGCAUAAAAUUCAGAGAUCACGACGAAUCACAAUAUGGUAAUGGAGGCCAAACCAUCUCCUUUAGUUGUUGGACGUGAAUUUGUUCGUCAAUAUUAUACACUUCUUCAUAACUCGCCUGAUCAUCUCCAUCGAUUCUACAAUCAACACUCGAGCUUCUCUCAUAGCGGCUUGGAUCCAGACAAAGAUGAUGGAUUGGUUAUUGGUCAAAAGAACAUCCACGAUAAGAUUCAGCAGAUGAAUUUCCGUGAUUGUCAUGCAAAGAUUUCGCAUGUUGAUGCCCAAGCGACUUUGGGUGAUGGAGUAGUCGUGCAAGUUUUUGGUGAGCUCUCCAAUGAUGGCCAUCAAAUGCGUCGAUUUACGCAAACUUUUGUGCUUGCUUGUCAAUCGCCCAAGAAGUACUAUGUCCAUAACGACAUUUUUCGUUAUCAUGACAUUUACAGCGAAGAUGAUGAAAUCCGUGAAGAUCAGGUUGCAAUGGAUGUUGUUGAACCAAUUGUUGUUGCAUCACCCAACAGCGUUGCUAAUAAUACUGGCAACAAUUCUGAUGCUUCGCCUACAACUACAACAAUGAUUGUUCAACCAAAUGUAUACUAUCCAGCACCUGCAAACGUAAUUCCUGUUAAUCCAACGCAAAUCGUUGCAGCAACUUUCAUUCAAGCUCCGCAAGUUAAUGGUGUCAUGCAGCACGAAGAAAUGCUUAAGAAUAUGGCUACUCAGACGUCUCAAACACCACAAAUUUUGCCACCAGCUCAAGCUCCACCUCAAAUUAUGACGAUUCCAAUUGCACCGGCACCAACUGCAUUGCCAAUUCCCGUCGAACCUGUAGCUCAGCCACAACAACAACAAACGGUAGUUCCAGUAAUAACAGAAGUAAUUCCCAUCGUUCAACAAGCACCAGCCGUCAUUGAAGUCGUUAAUCAAUACGAUGCUGAUCAAUCGAAUGGAGAGGAAUCUGAUACAUUGGAUAAUAGCAAAGAAACUGAUCCAACAUCGUCAGAAGAACCGAUUCAACAAAAACCUACGGCGAUCUCUCCAAUUCCACCAACAACGUCUCAAUUGCCACCAAAGAAUUGGGCUAAUUUGGUUAAAGCUGGACCACAAUUAGGAUACGCUCAACCAGAAGUUCCCGUCAAUCCACAGCCACAAUCGUUUGUUUCCAUCACUCAGCAACAACAACAACAAGCUCAGCAACAGAAGCAAGCUGAAACUUAUACUGAUCGUCGUCCAAUUCGCGAUCAGCGAGAUCAACGGGAUCCAAGAGAACGUCGUGUAAGCAAUAAUAACGAUGGAAGCUGUCAAUUGUUUUUGGGAAAUUUACCAACACUUGCUACUGAAGAGGAACUCAAACAAUUGUUUAGUGUUUUCGGAAAGAUUGCAGACCUUCGUAUUCAUACGAAACAGUCACUAAAGGGCGGAAAUCGACCAGUUCCAAACUACGGCUUCAUUACUUUCGAAGAUCCAGCGAGUGCUCAACGAUUGCAAGAUGCACAGCCUAUUUACUAUCCGGUUCUAAACGACAAGAGUGGUCAGAAAUUGAAUAUUGAACACAAGAUUCGCAAGAAUGUUGAUGGACAAAGCACUGGCGGCAUGAAUCGAUCAUCGACUAAUGGACAGAAUAUGGAUCGUGGACGAAAUAAUAAUCCUUCGACAGGUAUGAAUCGUAAUGGAUCAGGCGGUAGAUCAGAUAGACGUGAUGAUCGAGGUGGAAAUCGUCAAUUUAAUCGCUCAGACAGAAUUGGAGGUCCGAGAGCUACAAAUGGCAAUGCUAGCGCAACAUUCACUAAUUCACGUCGUUAAGAUUGGAGAAGCAUCUCAAAUGAAGGGAUGCAGUAAAAGACAUACACACACACACACAAACAGAAUAAUAAUUAUUAUAAUCGGUAAAUUAUGGGGGAAAAAUCAAACAGAUUGAGGAGAAAGAUAUUAUCCUCAUAAAUUAAAGUAAAUAAUAAUGAUAAUAUUUAAAUGAAGAAAUUUUAUAAAAAAAAAGAAAAUGCGCAGGGGAAGUAACAGAUAAAAUGAAUAAGAAUAUGACAACAACAGAAAGUAGAAAAUACGAAAAUCAUGGGAAAUUUUCAAGACUUUACAUACUUUUUUUUAAAGAAGAAUCGUCGUGCUUUAAAAAAAAUCCUAAAAGAAUAUUAAUGAAAAUUUUGUGAAAGUGAGAUUGAUAAAAAAAUGUAAUGUUUUUUUUUUUUAUUAAGAAAAAGUAGAAGAAAGUGGAUUUUUUUUUAUUAGAAAAAAAGAGGUAGUUUCAGAAACGAGAAUAAUUUUUUACUUAAUUAUUUCAUAAUAAUUACGAUAUGUAGCAGAAUUUAUAUUUUUCCUAGAAUUGAAAGACGCGACUCAACACGAAUUUAUUUUUGAUUAAAUAAUUGAACAAAAACGCAAACAAUAAAAGUGAAAAUCAUUCAAAUCGGAUCCAUCUAAAUCAUUCAUCCUCUCCCUCAGCGCAUUCUUAUGUCCAAACUACAUACUUAUUAAGUCUAGUACGUAAAAAAGAAGCAUAAAAUUCAAAUAUCGAAAAAGCCGUUAAAAUUCAAAUUUGAAAAUCCGUUUAAUAUUCAAACUUGAUGUUGGAAUUUUUUUUUGACAGAGAUGUGCGAUCGAUGAUGUUAAUCACGUAGCGAGAGGAUGAUGAAUGAAUUUUUUAACACGUUUAUUUUGACUUUAUAAACAAUUAGGGAUGUAUGUUGUCGUUUUCUUAAAACAAAAUGUGAGUCGUGUAUUUUCUUCAUGGGCGUAAGUCUCUCGACUGUUAAUUUAUAAAAAGAAAGAAUAUAUAUGAUGUGAAUGUAAAGGAAGCUAUCCUAAUUGUUUCAAGAACCAACAAAAAACUUUUUCGUGUGUGCUAGAAAUUUGAAAAAUUUCUUUCGUAAAAAUUAUUAUGAAAAUAGUUGCUUAUCAACCAACAACAACCUUCUUUUUUUUAAAGCUACUACUUUUAAAAGUAUUUUUUUUAAAAAAUUUAAAAUGUAUGGAAAACCCCAUCAUUACUUCUCGUCAUAUCUACAAAGAUUAAUUUUAAAAGCAUCAUUUCACUAUUUGCUUAUGACUAACACAGAAUCAGCUGGCUCAUGAACAACUUUAUAGCUCAUCAUUUCUUCUAAUGUCUCGGACGAUACAAAAAUCUAUUUUUUUGAUGUUUAAUAAUCACAAUCAUCUUAUUCUUUGUAUCAUUUUUAGUUUGUUUUGUACACAAUUAUUAUUAAUACUAUUAUUUGUUUUUUUUCGCUUAUUAUUAUCUCUCAUCUUUAAAUCUAUCAAGCUGUUACUGGAAAAAAAAAGAAUGAAACAUAAGUUCACUAUCAGGAACUCUCUGACUGUAAAUCUUGAAUUAAAAGAAAAUAAAGUAAUGAUACUACAAUGAAGGAAAAUUAAUUUUAUAAGAAGAUGAAAAACCUUAAUGGAAAGCUAGUUUUCAGUUCUAUUAUUAUUUAAAACAGUAACAACAACAACAUCAACACAAAAAGAGUUGUGUAAUGUGAAUAUGGGCAUUCAUUCAUCGAACGUUUGUCCAUUUUCAAAGUAUAUCUAGUUGUAUGAUAAUUUUAUACUUAAUGAAACCUUUUAAAAAUUAGGAACAGAAAAAAUACAAAAAAAAAAUUGUAAAAUAUUUAAAAAAAACCCAAAAAAAAUGAAUAAGAUUUAAUGAAACUACAACUUAGGAUUGUGAAAAAGCUUUGAUGC